AUGCAGUGUGACGAUAUUGGGCCGCUCUUUGUCGUCUUGAACCAUAUUUUCCAACUUGCGUAUACCGUGGAGCUUAUAUUCAGGCCGUGGUAUCACAGGUGGUUCUUCUUCUCUUCGUGCGCAAACUUGUUUGACAUCUUGCUGGUGCUAAUUGGUGCUGUGGAUGUAUAUGUCCUGGCCGUUAUUGCAGAAAGAAGCUCGAGUUCAGAAUUGAUGCAGCUGUUGCGAAUACUGAAGCUCGGGCGAGUGGUUCGGCUUGGCAGGACUUUUCACCUCUUUCCAGGUCUCCGGUUGCUCAUGCAUGCUUGCACCUCCUUUCUACCGGCGUUGGGAUGGUCAAUGGUGCUCCUGGGGCUGUGCAUCACGAUGGGUGGCCUCACGAUGGGGACAUUGCUCCAGGACUUCAUUAUGGACGAGAGCAAGCCGAUGAGUGACCGCCUGUGGGUGUGGCUUCACUAUGGGACUUCCUACCGUUCCAUGUACACGCUGUAUGAGGUGACAUUUGCCGGAUCGUGGCCUACCUAUGCACGACCAGUGCUUGAGACCGUGAGUCAUGUUUACGUUUUGUUCUUCCUGCUGUACAUCACAUUCAUUGUUUUUGCUGUCAUUCGAGUUAUCUCGGCGGUUUUCCUGAGUCAGACAUUGGAAGCUGCGAGUAGCGAUGCGGAGAUGAUGAUCCAGGACAGGCUGACAAAAAAAGCGAAAUUCGUGCAGAAAUUGGAAGGUGUUUUCCAAGCUAUGGAUGAAAGCGGGGAUGGUCUGUUGUCAGAAGAAGAGAUGAGUGACUUGUUAGAAGACAAGAAGGUCCAGGCGUAUCUUGAGAGCCUGGAAGUUGCUGUACCGGAAAGUAAAGCCCUGUUUCGGAUGCUGCAAAACAGCGAAGGGCAGGUCACGUAUGAGGACUUCAUCGAAGGCAUCCUGCGGUGCAAGGGUCCAGCUCGUGCCAUGGAUCAGAUUGUCAUCCAAGCCGAGCUUCGAUUCUUGAAGGCUUCCGUUGAGCAGCUUGCGGUAUCCUUGGAGGAUGCAAAGGUCAUCAGGGGAGCCAAGUGCCGCAGGCGGCACCGCACGCCGACAAGAACCAGACUUGCCGAUGAGAUCACGCUCCUGCAAGCCGCAACUGCGACGAGGCGAAGGAACUGA